CAUGAAGUGGAUUUCAGGUAUUUUAUUAAAGAAAUAACAAAUUAAAUAAUUAUGACUAACUCGAAGCGCAUAUAAUCUGGAAAUAUUCUCAAACAGAUUUCUCAAGCACGAUCCAAAGAACUCUUAUAACUUACCUUCCCUUGAAGAAUGAGAUAGUACUCAGUUUCAAUCUGGAUUUUGCAAAACUUUUACCUUUAAUUUAAUAAUGUUAAGUGGUAGUGAUGUGUUUUACCAAAACAUGAUUCCUCCAAGAUAGUUUUCGAUAGCUAAAUCUAACAAUCGAAGUAAACUUCAACACAGAAGAUGUCUAUUUAGUUUUUCUGUUGAUUCACUUCGCGCCAAAAGUCACGCGCGCGCCAGUUUCCCGCCAUUUUUGCUGGCACCCGCUGCUGGUAAAUUUCUCAGAUCUCUCAGAGUUAUCGAUGUAUGUUUUCGUUAGAGUUAAAGCCUUUGGUGUUUUUGAAAGCUUUUAAAUCUGUCGAUCUGAUAUAAGAUGCUUUGUUCAGUGUAGAAAAUUCACAAGAAUUUACUGGCUUGUAGUUGUAAAACUCUAAGAUGAACAGCGAUAGUGUAGAGGAUAUUGGAAACGCUUCAGCUCUACUGCAAGCUCUCGUGAAAGACUUACGUUCAAAUCAAAGCAGUGCGGACAGAGUGUCAGUAUUGGCCAAUCGUAUAACAAACCUGGUGAAAGGAAUGCAUCAACUGACGUUUGAAAGAGCUGAGAAUAACGCAGCGUUAAUACAGAUUCAUAGCAGCGCUGUAACUCUUUGGAAUAUUGCUGUGGCGAUGAAGACUGGUAGUGGGCAAGCUGGAAAAACCGAAAAUGCAAAAUUAAGGCAUGCAGCUUGCAAGCUUUCAAUUUUGGCUAAUGCUGCUGAAACAAGUGAAGUAACCUACCGGAAACAGUUAGUGAUGACAGCCAAAACAGGACGAGCCUGGCUCGACUGUGAAAAUUUAGCCAUGGCAGAUGAAUGCCUUGCUUUAGCAUCUGAGUGUUGGAAUGGACUGCAGAAGUUAUGGUCAUCAAGAGAUGAACAUAUUUUAUCAACAUCAGAGCAAUCCAAACAGAUUGCAGAAUGCGAGCGUUACAUGUUCAGAGUCUUCUGUUAUAGAGCAGAAACGAGCUUCUCAAUGAGUCAGCAAGAUAAAGCACAACUGUAUGUAACCAAAGCUAAAGAAUUCUUGGGCAGACUUCCUACAAAGGAGUGCAAUACCCUGGCGGAACUGUGCUACAAUUUUGGAGUUGAUACAUAUUACAGAGAGGAGUACGAAAAAUGUAUUGCAUGGUUAAGGGAAAGUUACGAUCUACGAAAAGAAAAUAGUUCUUCAGGAGCUAAUAAACAGCAAGCUACUACUUUGCGUCUCAUGGCCAAUGCAUAUCUUGACUGGGACUCUAAACAACAUUGGCAGAUGGCUCUUAAUGCAGUUGACCUUGCAAACUCUGAGCAUGGACAUCCAGCUGGGCUUUACUUAAAAGCCAAACUUCUUUUGAUGGGUAAUGGAGACGAAGAGUUUCCGUGUUCAAGAUUGCGGUCUGUAUUCGAGGAAACUCUCCUGCACCCAGACUUAAAAGUUGAUCUUGGGCUUUGUGCUGUUAACCUAGCCGUCCAAUACAAGAGAGCACAGCUGGCUUUUGACUGUUUGGAAAUCCUGGAAUCUAGAUUUAAGAACUCUCUUGACCUAUACAAAGUUGACUUAGAGCAUCUGGAACUUCUUCUAAAGAAUGACAAAGAUGAAGACGCCAAAGCUCUCAUCGAAAAAUGCAUUGUUGAGCAAAUGGAAAGGUCUCUCGAUUCUCAGAUUUGUCAACGAUUCCAUAUUCUCUUGUGGGAAAAAGCUGCUUCUGCUUAUGAGAAAGACUACAGAGAAGCCUUAGACUGGUACAAUUACUCUUUGAGCUUCUUUUCUUCAAGAGAGGAAAACGUAAAGAACAUUGGAAAACUCCUG